UAUUGCAUUGCUUCUUCGCCUCAGCUGUCGCUUGUCGGGGACUGAGAAGGCAAAUUGUUUGUGAUUCGUCAUGUUAGUUAUAUGAGAGAAACACAACGUGAAAGAGACAUCUCAGAAAUGGCUUUGUCCGACACUCUUCAAGACCUCCAAAUAAUAGAGGGACGUGAGUUUGGUGAGUCCCAAACCCGUGGCCAGUUGUCAGCCCGCUCUGUGCGUGAGGUGCUGUCCCGGGUCCAGGACAGCCUUCGAAUUGCAGGCUCCUCGGUGGAACAGGGGGUGGAUGCCUUGAAGAAUGUCCAGCAGAUGUUUGAAAGCGGAGAGGUGCACCUGCUCCUCUCUGAGUGCUGCAGUGAUGAGGGCAUCAGCGUGGAGAACGCAUACCUGGACCUUGUGAGCUCUCUGACUCAGUUUGCCGCAUUGCCCCUCUGCGAGGCGGACAGCGGGGAUCUCCCAGCACGCUCUUAUGCAGCCAUUCCUGACAGGGCCUGCGCAGUUUGCGCAGUGCUGCUUACCCUGCUGCGCAGACUGGGGACUGGAAAAGAGACUCCACACUGCAGCGGUCCCGCGUCUCCCCCGAGUCAGCUUGCACGAGCGCUGGCGCCUCUUUUCUGCGUGUUUGCAGUAACCCACCUGGAGGAUCAGCCAUGGACCAGUGAGGCGUCCAGAACGGCAGCAUCUGAGCUCCUGGACACAGUCGUCCAGGGGGGGAGCUUUGUGUCUGUCGCCCAUUUGCUGUGUGGGGAGGCUCCGGGUGAUGAGGCAGGAUGCCUGGGGGCCAUCUUGGAAAUUCUGAAGCCAGAAUUAAGAAAAGAGACCUGGAAGCGAAACCAGUCCACAAAGCAUGUCUUUGCCUGGAUACUCAUCCAUGUGGGUCGUCCAUGGUUGGCCGAGUUCCUGGAUAGAGUCUUUCCUCCCUCCCUUCUGAUGUCAGAUGAUUACCGCACUGAGAACAAAGUUCUGGGUGUACGCUGUCUGCAUCACAUCAUACUCAAUGUGCCUGCAGCUGAUCUUAGGCAGUACAACAGAGCCCAAGUGCUCUACCACGCCCUAUUCAACCAUCUCUACACAUCUGAAGCACAGCUUAUAGAGGUAGUCCUCCCGUGCCUGUUGGACCUCCUCUCUAUUUUGGAGAAGCCCCCUGGUAGCACUGGGACUCCCCGGAAGCCCAACCGCUACGACGAGGUGAUGAGGCUGGUCCUCACCCACAUGGAGAUGGAGCACAAGCUGGCCCUGCGCCGGGUGUAUGCCCGCAGUCUCACCCUCUUCAUUGACAGGAUGGGUAUCGUCACGGUCCGCCAUCUGAAGAGAUUGGAGAGGGUAAUUGUGGGAUACAUGGAGGUCUCUGAUGCCCCUGGAGAGCAGGCCAGACUUAGUAUCCUUGACGCUCUUGAAAGGACUCUGAAGCUGGCCUGGCUAAGAGUGGAGUGCAGGCUGGCUGUGCUGGCGCGUGCUCUGCUGAGGCUGCUGUUCGACGUGUCCAUGGACCACACCCCCCUGUCCCCUGGCGUGAGGGCAGAGCUCCGGGACAAGGCCACGCAAUGCCUGAUGCUACUGGACCACUCCACUCAGGGCAAACUCAAGGUGCUCCUCAUGGAGGUAGACAGUAGCUGUACUGACCAUGCUGUGCUGGAAUGCAUAAAGAAAGUCAUAGACACCAGCUGAAAAGAUGCAAAUACUUGGACUGAACAGCUAGAGAUUCAAACCCAACCUUUCCUCAAACUAAUAUCUACGCACACACUCAGACAAACAAACCAUAUGUAACCACCCAUUGCAGUGGGAUCUGUUGGCUUGAGCGAUUUGGAAUCUUGGACAUUGUCAUGUUUCCAGAGGAUGGCGAGCGGGCAGAUUCCUACGAUGUGUGUUGGUCACAUCGAGAGGGAUGAGUUACACAGAAACAGUGUCAGUUCCAUCCCUGCUGGUUUCAGCUUUUUCGGUGAGUCCUCCUAAUCUACAAAUGUAAACUGACUGCCCAAGGUGUAGCCCAGUAUAUCUUGGGGACAUAAACCCAGGAACCAUGUGUUUAUUGAAACUGUGUUUUAUUGAAAGUAAGCCUGAUUUUGUUGAAUUUUAUCUAAAGAAAUAUGAAGGCAGUGCCAUGGUGACAUACAAAGAGUGUAAAUGCAUUUAAUCAGUUUUUAGCUUCAUUUUAUUUUACAUCUUUGAAUUGUUUAGACUUGGGACAAGAUGUACUUCUACACAUCUACACCUUUUUAAAUAAAGACAUUUCAAAUUUCCAGAAUUGCUUGUAAUCUGCUUCAGCAGAAAUGAAACGUCUCCCUCAUCAUUAUUUUGCAAUGGCAUCAAACAAUCAUAAUACUAGGAAACAAUUGAGCAACCACAGCUGAUGCCUGCAAUCAGAGCACCAUUACCAAAAUGAAGAUCACUAAAACAUUUUAAAUAUAGAUGGGUAGAAA